AGAUUGAACGCGGUGCGUCGGCCCAUAGCGGGGCGCCGGGACACGACCACCACGGUCCUCCAGCGACGCGGCGCGCUCUUCAUCCGGCGCAAUCGCUCGCCGCCUCGUGACGCUCGUCGUCGACUCCAUGUGCGCGUGAUGCACGACGACGCCCGGAAAACGCGGCCGACGAAGGACGACGACGACGACCCACCACGGCUCCGCGUCAUUACGUGGCACUGAACGGAUUUGUGCGUCUCAACUGCGACCAUGUGCGACCCGAGGACCGUGAUCGAAGGAUCGCUCAAGUACCGCGACGGCCGAAAGUGGAAGAGCCGCUGGUGCGUCGUCUCCAAGCUUUCGCCUGUGGCAGAUUGCAUCCACGUGCAGCUGUAUCGCGACAGCAAGGAACGGUGCAAGCAAGGUCCGACCAAGGCGUCGUUGUCGCUGGCGGGCUGUCUGGGCCUCGAAUCGGGCUUCACGCUCGACAAAGAGAGCCACACAAUGGCGCUCAUAUGCCCCGACCUUGUGCUGGCGUUGGCCUUCGACUCCAGGGAGCUACUUAUCCAGUGGCAGGUCAAGAUACGUUCCAACGUUGCAGAAGUACAACAGUUUUUGGUGCAAAUCUGGCAUGCGCCGGGCCGCGCGAAGCUGGCGAGCGGCCCGGCGCGACUACACUUACAAGACCACCUCUUCUGCAUGACAUCGGGAGUGCCGCCUCGCCUUUUAGGCAGCUGGCCUCUGAAAGAACUUCGCCGCUUUGGGCUGGUUGACGGGAAAUUCUGCUUCGAGGGAGGCUCCAAAUGCGGAAAGGGCGAAGGGCUGCACGUGCUCCACACCAACCAGGCCGAAGAACUGGCCGAGGCCUUCGAAGCAGCGUCACGGGGGAAGCUGGCUGCGCGCAGGAAGCUCCCCUGCAAGGCUUCAGCCACGGAGACGCCGUCGCGGAUGUCGCUGCAGCCUCGUUCUCGGGCCCAGGAGUCGAGCCAGUGCAGCAGCAGCGAGUCCCGUAGGCCGCUGCUCAGCUCAGGCUGCUCGGACGUGGGCUCCUGCGACGCCUGCUUCGAGAUAGUGCGCUUCGCCAGCGACGCACCCACGCCCGACGACUUCUUCCGCUCGAGGACCUUCUGCAAGGUCCACUACAGGUGGCCUUCGUGCGUGUCACAGGGCGGUCCCGCACCCAGCGUUUCUUCCAGCGACGCGGAAAGCGCAGACACCGUGUCGCUGACCAUCAGUGACAUUCAAGAACCCCUUGGCACCAAAGAGGCCGCUGACAACCAAGUCAGCAGCCCUCUGCCCGUCUCUGGCAGUGCUCCGGCUGUGUGGACUUACACCCACUGUGGAAAAUGCGGGCGUCACUACUGUGCCCGUUGUAGCUUUCCCAGUCAGAGCGGCAGAUCUCCAGACAGCAGCCGAUGGUUCGCCCCGCAGUGGACAGCGGAUCCUAAGACGCACCAACAGCAGGCAUGGACGACCGGCGCAGCCGUGCACGGGAGGUCGCCAGGCAUCGCAGACUCCGGCAGCCGACCAGCCAGUGGUGUGGCGUCUCAAGUGAGCGGCGGCCGCGGUGGCAAACCCUCAGACCGCGCGUCGCUCUGCUCCCAGAGCAGUGGCACUAGCAGUGCCAGCACCAGCGGCGCCAGCACUAGCUCGUCCGAGUACAAUGUGCCACGGAGCUUCCUGGAGUCCCUGUACGACCAGCCUCGAAGUAUUAUUCACACUGACGGAGAACUGUUCAGAAACUACCCGGGCGUUCGACCAUCCUCCGGUGCGACGCCGUCUCCUGUGGUGGACUCCAUGUUGCCUGGAAUACAUGGCUUCGGCGGUGCACCUUGCAUAUGCAGCGCACGUGGCGCACAGCCAUGUGCCGAAACCCCUUUGGCGCGCUCCGGUUCCAGCGACUCACCGCUUGCGUCGCCGAAACGUUCCACGCCGCAACCGAGGCCUCCCUGCACGUGCAACGUACGACUGCAAUACCCAAACUACGAUGUCCCACGAGCAGCCCUGGCUAAUCUCUAUCUGAAGGAACAAUCCAAAAGUGCUGCCGACAUAACUCCUGACCUACCGUCGAGCGACGCGAACAUGGACGCCAUGGUGCACUACGACGUCCCCAAGAAAUACAAGGAGCACGUGUCGCAGCAAGAGUCGUCUCAAGGAACAAGGGCUGCUCGGCUUCCGUUAGCUUGCUCCUGUGGCAACAGCCUCGUGCCCGACCCCCUGUCUAUGUGCCAAGAACUUAAUGCUUGCAGCUACGUUCGAGCUGCGUGCACGUGCAACCGUGUAACAUUCUGGGCUGGAAAUCUUGUUCCAUGCUUCCAAAGAGCACCUUCCGAAGAAAGCCAGGCUGCCACACUGCAGUGCCCGAAGAGCUUUGCACCAUCUACUAUAUGUAGGGAACCAGGAAAGAGAAACAGGAUGCUUGGUACCAUGCCGGACAGUAAGAAACACGAUCACUGCUCCGAUUAUGUGAACUGUCAUUUCAUAGAGUCGUUGCCGCUCUAUCAAAAUACUUGCGCGUUGUCCUCUGUGUCGGAACAGUGUGACUCCGACAAGGACGCGAAAAGCGCCACCGAAAAGAAAACGAUAAUCUCAGGUUCCCCUUCGGUGAAUAAUAAUCAGUUCAAGAGCCCCGAAAAAUCUGCUACCUUAAAGAAGACAGCCCCACGCGCUUCGACUUCGUCAAAUACCAUCGGCGAAAGCUACGAAAUGAUGUCCUUCCGCGGUUCAUCAGAGCAAGUGAGCGUCGUUUGCGAUAGCAACUACAUCGCCAUGCGCCCUAUCGAGCCUUGCAAGUGUGACAACGAACGCGGAGGUAGCAAUGUCACAAGCUCGGACACAAAACGAACUCCGCUUCCACUGCGACCAUUCAUGCCGUAUUUGCUGCCCUGUGAAGAAGAGUUUCCAGAAGACGUGUCUUCUGAGGCCGAGACAAGUUGGAAAAAUAGUACCAAGUGUAGCCUCGCAAGCAGUAGGCAGCGCUCCACCGAGACACCAGACAAACCAUCACCAUUAGCUGACGCCAAAAGAAAGGUUCUUACAAAGAAACGGUCCAGUUCGGCCGAUGGGCGCCAGGAAACGGAAGAAAUGUCAGAGGCAGAAGAGACCGUGCCUAUUGGCAGAGAACGGCGACCAACGUUCAGCAAACUUCCUUUCCGAGCUAGGUCUCAGAACUUGGUCGAUGUUACACCACCGUCUUCAGUGCCUUCCACUCCGAACAACCGUUCUAUGGAGAAUUUGUACCGGAUCCCCUUUCACAGAUCAGCCGACUGCCUAAAGCUGAAAGGUGACUUCAGAUUUUCGGAGGAAGACCUCUCAAUGGAUGCCGGUAAUGCCGACUCGUGCGAUGCCCCUACAAACGGUACCAGCAUCAAGCGCUCCUCAAGCGUGCCUUGCAAACCGCAGCAGCAGGACACCAUUUCGAGCCCGUCAGAUUCCGGCGUGUCGACGAGCCUGCCCGAAAGCUCAGAAACUGUGUGCGAGCUUGCAACGCACGAAUGUCAUUUGAGCUCGCACCCCUCACUUCCACGAAACCUCGAUGAAGGGACGACUGUGAGCCACCGUCGCUGCGACGAAAACAAAAGGUUUAUUCAAGAAGCGUUCGCACGAUGCCCACAACAAGGGUCAUUCGGGCUGCCCGGAGAACGAUACGCGGCUGCCCUGAAAGGGUCCUCUGAAAGCAGUACCACUUCAUCGGACAGCGACUACAUCGAGACGCUGUCGCUCUGCAGCAGCGGCAGCAACGGCAGUGGCUCCGAGUAUCUGCGAUGCGAGGACAUCGCGGCCGGCAGACCGUGCCCUGUGUCGUGCGGCCUCAAGCCGCGCUCGGCGAAAGAAUACAACGCCAUCGACAGAUCGGCCAUCCGACACGAGAUGCACGAGGAGGGCGUGUGCGGCGCGGUGCUUCACACCUGCCAUCAGCGAACACACCACCACGCGCCGAUACACCUGACACUUCCGAAGGCGGCACGCAGCGCGCCUCCACCGUCUCCCGUACAGGGCGCAAGAGCAAGCGCCGCCAAGCCAAGCCCAGCUGCGUCAUAACAGUCUAGUCGUCCCAGCGUUUGAGUACCGUGCCAUGGUUAGGGCUUUAGCCGCCUUCAUCAGCUUUGCUUCGGGCUCGCUGCCCAUAACAAAACGGGUGGGGUUGGUGUAAUGACACUCGCUGAGAAGGGUGCAGACAUUUCCAGAGGAAGUGUUCAAAUAUCAGGAUUAACGCUGGCGAAAGCGAUCAGACGCCGGUCGUGGGCAGCGCAUGUUACAUGCGACAAGCCAGCAGCCCGAAAUAUCUAAAAUUGUGGUCAGUGAUCAAGAUGCGUCAAGGCUCGAGUAUUCUGUAAUUGCGUAAACCCUUAAAUGUCAUUUGUCACUCAUUACGUCGUGGCAUGGCACGAAUAUAUAGUAUACACAUUCCCUCAAAUACUGGCCCGAGUGUCAACUUUAAUGUAUUGUAAAGUAUUAUAUCACAAGUUUGACAGUGGUUACUUUCGCCAGCCAUCUUUUCUGUGGUGUGUUCGGAAGAAACUUCGAUAGAUGGAGCCUUUUCAUGGCAUAUCAUGUUGCAUGUAUACAUACGCUGUGGCGCCUGCGCGAAAGUUGCAGGAAGUUUAUACCUUAAACAUUACGCAUUUUAUGCCACCGACACAAAGGGUACGCCACGAAGUCACUGUUGGGCAUUCAUUAAUCCAAAUUAAUCGUUACAAGGUAGAAAACCUCAGUCACGACACGUUGUCGCUAGUCUUGUAGAUAUGGUAGUCUUCGCAAGAGGUAACAAUUUAGGCGGAUCAUUGUUUUCUGUACGAUCUGCAUGCUUGUGUUAGAGAGCCUGUCAUUACGACGUACUAAUUUUGUAGAUAAAUCAUCACAUUUACGUCGAGAGUUCAUUCUUUUCAAGUUACGAGAGGAUCAUUCACUUCUGUAGAUAUUUUUAAACCAAUGUUCGAGUAAUCACAUGUACAGGCUGCGAGGUGUGGCGUUCGUUAUCUUCCUAUAGUAUGUGACAUUUUACGCGAACUUCCCUAUAGUUCUAUAGUGGUGCUCUUGUGGAUCUCUAAUAAACAUGUGUAUAUGUGUAUGUAUGACCGUGCAAAUAUAUGAGUGUGAAUUAUUCGAUUUUGAUUAAUGCGGCAAAACAAAUAUUUUCUGGCUUUGCUUUUCUUUAUAAUGAGUGUUUCCACAAAAUAUAUCUAUAUGACUGCGUGGUUUUUUGCAUCGGUAGUUCUGACGGCUUCGUGUCGCAACAGAGAGCUAUGGUUGAAGGUGUGGUGAUCGCCUGCGCUCAUGUGACGAUAAGGUUCCGGUCGCCGAAGCCGCUAUUGGGGAGACAGUGCGGAAUCUGCAAAUGACUGAACGGUAAUAUUUGUACGGACUAUUGCAUGGAAGUAGUUGUAUCGCAGCAGAAGCGCCAAAGAAACAAAACGCAAAAUAUGUGUUCCCCAGAACAUAAAUUGUGUCAACGGCCAUUGACUCGAACGGUAAUUGAGGUCAGCUGUAGUUGAGAGGUGUUACAUGGCAGCUCCAACUGCUAUGGACAUAAUUACGGCAGUCGACUUCAGCUAAGGCCGGCGAUAGCAGUCGCGGACGAAGGAAAAUUACUAGGAUUGACCAUGACAUCAGGCAGUCAUCUUCGGCAAGGCAACCUCCUCGGACGCCGCCUAUCGUUUCCUUCGGUGCCUACCUAGACGUUGACUGUUAGGAAACUACCCUUGGUUGCUGCCAGACCUAUCAAGGCAUUGUUUGGUUCGUGGUAGCUCAUGGCGAUGCCGCCCUCAUCACAAGAACGCACAGCACGAGUAGACGGAGCCGGGGCAAGGAACGAGAUAGGACACAGCAUUUCGUUUCUUCUGCUCGCGACAUGCUGACCUGGAAUGUCGCGCCAACUGCCACAGAAGAACUGUGUUAGCGCUCCCUUCACGGUGUGCCCUCGCCACACUCUCACCGCGCCUCUACUCUCCUACAUACUAUCAACGUGCUCGGCAGCUAGAAAUUACGGUUUAUCUAUUACGUGACGAGGACCCACAUACCACCACACUUUAGUUGAUAUUUUUUUUUGUCACUAGACUUUAAGCUUGUCACGCGACGCUUAAUCUCUUUUUCUUCCUCCAUCGUGGAAAUUAAGACAACUAACACUAGCCUGCACUGAUGCGAUCGCGGCUGCGAGUGCUGCGUCAUAAAUGCAUUUUGAACGUGAGCACAUAUCGGCUUCUACGUUCAAAAACGCUUACGUAGGUGUAAUUUGUAACAAAAAACUAGAAUAGCGAAAGGAGACGCUGUUUUUUCUGAACAUGCUAUGAAAGUGUGAUCACGUGAUCGGAAGAACAUGACUUAACUGAACAUGGAAUGCGCCGGGUAACACUGGCAGAAUCCGUUCCAUUGAACGGUCGCGCUGUUGAAAAUGUCCGGGACACGCAGGUAUUAAAGAGCAUGAUACUGGGAAAAAUAGCAUUGCUCAUUUGCGAAUAAUUCUGAGCUAUCGCGCCAUUUUCUGGUCUAGCGUUUCCAGUGACAUGAUUCUGAGUUACAAAACGCAGCUACCACCAGCAGUGUAUGGUCAAUAAGUAUGAUAGUUAAGUAACGUUCGAAUCGCGCUUCCUUAUACAGAUUAAAUGUUAUGUGUACCUAAAUAUACUGCUUGCGCUUUGUUAUUUCGCAGCGUUCAAAGAGUGCUUUUUUGAAUGCACACACCUGUUCAGCUCAACUACAGACUUUAUUUUUUUCGUUUUAAUGCACGGAACUCACAUCUUAUAGCAAAAUGUCUUUAGAACACUUACUUGCGCAGUGUAGUUUUUAGCCCCGAUUAAAACUGUAUACAUGCAAGGCUUUGCGUUUACAAUAUAUAUGCACCUCUAGCAUUACACAUGGAUGUUCCUAAAUAUAAUAACUUUGCCUUUUUUAUCUCUUAUGAACCAGUCUGUUCGCCCCUGCCGUGUUCAAUCUGCCAUCCAUAAUGUGACACAAGAACUCGUCUGUGUGCUUCACACAACUGUUAUCACAGGUAGCAGGAAUUGACUACAUAUUUCUCCUUCUGUAUCACUACCCACAAAUUGCUUUUUUAUUUCCUGGCCGUCUGUUUGAUCAGCCGAAUUCAGCAACGUUAUUACAUCCUCAUUCUAAGCCAGAAUACGGCAGUAUUGCCCAGAUACGCAGUAUUGAGAUAUACGGCCCAUUAACAUUAAUGAUGAAACUGUCGGGUAUGUAGUCUCUGCAGGCCAUAGUUUCAUGCGCUAGCUAUAAAAGGAGAUUAGAAGAGUAACCGCCUACCCAGUGCCGCAUUUUGCACAAAAACUGACUUGGGUCAUUUUUCACACACCAUUUUGCUUCAUAUUGUGUGUGCGUGCGUGCGUGUACUACAGAUCUAAGCCAAAAAGACUUGUGUGUCAUUUUUUCACAAAAUAAUAACUUCCGCGCAGACCAUUCAAGCUAAUUCCAUAGUCAUGGCUCGAAAUGACUUACGUAUGUUUGUGGCUCAUUUCUACCGAAGAUGGCGCUUUCGACCUUCGGAAGUUUGGGUAGACGCGUUACAACUCCGGCAGUGCGCCAUGACAUUAUAUUGUUCUUGGUAUCUGACUUACCUUCUGUAAGCUUCUUCGCUUGGGUUACAUGCGCAUAUGCGAACAGAAAGUUUAUACAAAAAUACGUACACGUGAGAAGGUAAUUGCAGUCGAUGUGCAAGUAAAAUACGUUAUUUAUCAUUUGUACCAGGCAUGAUUCUUUCUUUCUUCAUUUUUUUAUUUAUUUUUCUUGUGGAAUUGAAAUUUCAUUGGUAAAAAUCUCUUUCCAACAUUUUUUUUAAUGCGUCGCGGUACAUAGCAUAUCUGCGUUUCUAUCUUAAAGUCUGGGUGCGGCAUGCGUGUAGCGGGACGAUAUUUUUGCUGCGGCAACCAGUACGCUCGAGACGCAUUUGCUCGAUACUGUCUCCUUCUGCUCGUAACUACCUGUCUCUUAUCCGUUCCGCGCAUUAUUUAUCGCAAGAAUUGAAAACGCUGUGCAGUGUAGAGGAUAAGGAGUCAUCCGGCUUGCGAAACUUCUGUAGCUUGCAGGAUUGGGUACGCAAGACUCGCAAGACGGCUGCGUUAGGGUUUCAGUUAUACGAGAGCAACGGCUCUUAUACUUUCGUCGCGGACCGUGCAUACGUCGAUGCUGUAUAUGCUGUAGAAGCAUAUCAUGCGGAGAAAUGGCACUAAAAUUAGGAUGACAUAUGAAAGACGAGCAACUCUGCUGCAACAAGUGUUCGGUUAUCGGGCAUUUUGCUCCGAAUACUUACUGUUCACAAUGAGAAAAUAAAACGGGGCAUGUUCAUGAUUGAACCGCUGUUCGGGUGUAAAAUGUACAGGUAUAUAAAGCCAGUGACAGCUACAGUCUAUUACUUUGAUGUCUAACUAUCAAAGCGUGCUGACCAAGCGGUGAAAAUGCGAGUCUGCAUUUGGGGUUACUAGUCAUUCACUGGUGCUUGCUCGCAUUAAACAGUAAAUGUCUGCUUCUUUAGAACAGUGGCUCAAAGGAAGCGUCCUAGUUACAUGGACUAGUUAUGCUGCCCUCUGUGAACUAUACGAAGGUCAACCUGUCGUGCAUAACGCUAGUUUGUGUCCGUUAGUAAACGUCGAUGUUUAUUACUUCAACACCUCUUGUUUCGCUUUCUGUCGAAGUCGCGUUUAUAUUCAUUUUUCCUCUGCUGUCUGCAGCCUGCUGUACUAUUUGCUGUUUCUCGAGCGUCAAAGCGUGUAGAUGUGGAAAAUGUAUAGGUACAUAUGCCCACGAGAAGUCAAAUAAAAUACGGUUGUACAAGUA